CAAAAAUGGCAAAGAAAAAGUCGAGUGGCACCAGCAAAGAAGAAGAAUCUGCUAUUUUGGAAUACUUGACCAAGUCAAAUCGGCCUUAUAGCGCAACUGAUAUUUUCAAUAACUUACACAACAAGUAUUCUAAAUCAGUCAUUGCUAAAGUAUUGGAAAGAUUGAUUGAUGAAGAUCUUGUCUUUUCAAAGACGUAUGGUAAAACACUUAUUUAUUCAGUUAAGCAAGCCAAGGAUGAAAAUGGUCCUUCAGAGCAAGACAUUGAAAAAAUGGAAAAAUCUAUGAUUGAGCUUGACCAGAAAUAUGAAGAACUCUUGGCUGAAAAUAAGAAACUAGAGCAAACAUUUUCACAGUUAACAAGUAAACCGACAACCACCGAAGCAGAACAAUUGGUAGAAAAGAUCAAGGCUCAAAACCAGAUAUUGAAGGACAGAUUAGAUAAAAUAAAAACAGGCACUGUUCUUAUCCCUCCUGAAAAGAGAAAAAGAACCAAUGAAGAAUACACUCGUAAUAGAGAUUUAUGGAAAAAGAGACGCCGCUUAUUUAAUGACAUAUUCAAGACGGUUACUGAGAAUUACCCAGGCAAUCCGAAGGAGUUGAAAGAAGAACUAGGCGUCGAAGAAGAUCCUAUACCUUUUGAUAAAGAUCCAUUGGAUUGAUUUCUCUCUUUCUUUUUAUGCUCCGAAUAUGCAUGUUGAUACCCUGGCUAUCUCUCUCUUUUUCUUUUAUUUUUUUUUCUUUGUUUGAUACAUAAACAUGCCAGCUACAGAACUUCCUCUUUAUCGUUCUUUUUUAAAAGUUUUACAAAAAU